AAGUGAGAGUUUUCUUUUAAAUGGGCAUUGGAUGUGUGAUGUUAAAUAGACCCUGCACAUCUUGUUGGGUACUAGUCGAUUCUCGACAUCCGAAGUGAGCGGCUUCGUUUAUGAUUACUGCUUGAAUUAAGUGAGAAUAGCAACAACUGAGAAGCACAAUGGCAGAAGGCAACGAUCGAAUUGGGGAAAUAUUCAAAGGCAAGACCGUGUUCCUGUCUGGAGCGACUGGAUUUCUCGGAAAAAUGCUGAUUGAAAAGCUACUUCGAGUCACGGAAGUCAAGACGUUAUAUUUGCUGAUUCGACAGAAGAAAGGAAAAUCCCCGAAGGACCGCUUGCAGGACAUAUUCAAUCACGUGCUUUUUUCCACUGUGAAGAAAACGCGACCGGACUGCUUCAAGAAGUGUGUGGUUGUUACGGGAGACGUUCUGGAAACUGAAUUGGGCCUACUGGAAAACGAUCGGAAAACGAUGGUAAAAGAGGUGGAUUUUAUUUUUCAUUCGGCGGCCUCCACUCGUUUUGAUGACACUUUGGAAUACGCCAUCCGAAUGAACACCUUAGGCACGAAGUACAUGCUGAAUUUCGCCAAACAGUGCCAAAAACUUAAGUUAUUCGAGCACAUUUCUACUGCUUUUGCGUUUCCCAACGAGAAAGUUCUCCACGAAAAGACCUACGAUCCUCCUGCAGAUCCGCAGCAGAUCAUCGAAAUGACCACGGCCUCAGACCCAGAGGCCAAAAUGAAGCUGCCGGAGAAAAAAAUUAUGGGAAACUACCCCAAUACAUACUCCUAUUCUAAAGCACUGGCCGAAGGACUAGUUAAUCAGCAAAUGGAAACUUUGCCGGCCAUCAUCGUACGGCCAGCUGUGGUUAUACCCACUUUCAAAGAGCCCUUACCCGGCUACUUCAACAACCUGCAAAGUCCGAUGGGACUGUUUGUUGGAGCGGGCAAGGGAGUCAUCAGGUCGGUUUAUAUGGACAGCAAAACCAGUGCCAACGUCAUUCCUGCAGAUAGUUGCAUCAACGUGAUACUACUGGCUGUAUGGGACUAUUUAACCACCAAGCGACAACCGGUUUUCAACAUAUGUGUACCACGCGAGGACCUCACUGUCAAUUGGGAACAAAUUUUGGACAUAGGAAGAGAUAUCGUGUCCAAUGAAAUUCCGUUUAAUGUGAUGCUGUGGUGUCCCGGGGGCAUAAUGACGAAGAACAAAAUCUUCCACUACAUUCAUGUUGUUUUGUUCCAACUGAUUCCGGCCGUUUUCGUCGAUUUGCUGCUGAUUUGUCUGGGCUAUAAACCCGUAUUGGUUUCAGUGAACCAGCGACUGCUCAAAGGGCAGGAUUUGCUGGAGUAUUACACGACCAGAGCGUGGAAAUUUGACAUGCGAUAUUUUAUGAACCUGCGGAAAACGAUGAACGAUGUGGAGAAGCGGAUUUAUCAAGUGGAGGCUGAAAACGUCGAUAUAGCAGAAUACCUGAGAGGAUGCAUGAUGUAUGCUAGAAGGCACAUCCUGCAUGAAACUGACGAGAUGAUGCCCGCUGCGAAGCGCAAUUUAAAAAUAUUCGUGGCCGUCGAUAGAAUACUCAAGGCAACCUUCUUUAUUGUUUUAUUUUACUACGUCUAUAGGCUGCUCAAUUUCUAAUGCGCGCAACUCUACAACUGAAAUCGAGUAUAUUGGGUACAGUUAGAAACAGGAUAAUGCUACAUUUUCAACUUAUUCCAUUCUCAAAUUAGGUGCAGGUAUGAUUGGUCCACUCGUGCCUCGGUCAACUGGAAAUCACGCUUUGAAAUUCAAUUUUGCAUUUUUUUGUUAUUACAAUUUACCUAUUGGAUUCCCUACAACAACGCUGCUUCAAAUUGAAUUUCGCUCCAUAGAUUAGUAGCAGGGUUUGGAGAAUUAGGUUUAGCACUAGCAGCGUAACCAGCAACAGUAUCAAAAUGUGCAAAAAACGCAUAUUAACAGAAUGGUUUGCCUCUGACAAACGGGGCAAACUUCACAUUAUGUUAGAAACGCCAGCACCUGUCCUGUUAUGUGUACUGGUCAUCAAUUACAUAACAGGAUUUAUUGGUGUAAAGCAUUUUUUUAGUCAAUGAAAUAAGUGUGGGUUUUAUUUGCAAAUUAGUACCUGUGUGGAAGCUGGGCUAUUCUGGAACCAAUUAGGAGCCUAACUAUUAAUCGUUUUAUAUAUUUUCCAUCAUGCAAGUGUUAAGUAUUAGUGAAAAAGUAGACGAUUUGGGUCUUUGAGGCUGGCCUUGUGCUAAAUAGACUGCUUUUUCAAGAACGUA